ACACCGACGGAUCGUCGGACCAGCAGCACAACUGCAUCGAGUCUGAUUCGCGACCACGAUAUCUCGCCAGCAGAUCUCGUUGCCGCUUAUGGCACAACGCAACAUCGGAGCGGCGCAUCACUGGCCCAGCGAGAUGCCUCAUCCGCGGCGGAUAAUAUCAAUGCUGGCCUCCACCCAUCCCACAAAGUCGGCAAAUACAUCGCGAUAGAUUGUGAAAUGGUCGGCACAGGCGCUGCGCCCGACUACUCCGACAGUCUGCUCGCACGGGUCUCUGUCGUAAACUUCCACGGCGAACAGCUCUACGACUCAUAUGUCCAGCCACCACCAGGAGUCAUCGUAGGUGACUACCGGACGACCUGGAGCGGAAUCAAACCCGAGCACCUAAACCCCGAUAUCGCGCGACCCUUCACAGAAGUCCAAAAGGACGUAUCCUCGCUACUCACGGGACGCAUUCUUGUCGGUCACGCCAUCCGCAACGAUCUCAGCGUCCUGAUGCUCUCGCAUCCCAAACGGGACGUGCGUGACACAGCGCGCCACGCAGCCUUCCGGAUCGCGAGCAAAGGCAAAGCGCCCGCACUGCGCAACUUGGCCAAGGAGGAGCUCGGAUGGACGAUCCAGACUGGCGAGCAUUCGUCAUUGGAGGAUGCACGAGCGACGAUGAUGUUAUUUCGGAAAGAGAAGAAGGUGUUUGAAGAGGAGAAUCGGAAA